GAUCUCUUGCUUGCUCCUCCACUGCAACUGCUCUUGACUCACCUCCACCUUUCCAAGAUGUCCUGCUGUCCUCCAUCCUGUGCUGUCCCAUCUUGCCCCAAGCCUUGCUGCUCCCCCUGCUGCCCCCCCUGCUGCCCCCCAUGUGGCUACCCAACAGGCGGUCUGGGCUCACUGAGUUGCUGCCCCAGUCCAUGCUGCCCCCCUUCAUGCUGCGGUAGCUCGACACCGGCACGUUGCCUUGGCAUCACCAGUGGGGCCAGCGUCUCCUGCAUCAACCAGAUCCCACCAUCGGAAGUCACCAUACAGCCACCUCUUGUGGUCCCAGGGCCAGUGCUGGCUGCUUCCUGUGAGCCUCUCCGAGUGGGAGGCUACACAGCCUGUGGCGGCUGCCCCCCCUGUGGUCGCAUCUGUUAAGCUGGAAAAGGGAGCUUCACACGAACGGGAAUAAAACGGCUACCUGAACAGCAUGGAACGGAUUGACGGCUGACGACUCCACAGACUUGAGUGUCGGAAGAAAUGACACUUCCUAUUUCAAUUCAGGAUCAGUUGGUGCUUAACAACAUUUCAAAAGCCCAUGACCUCAAACAUGUGUUAGUUACUUUGUAUUCUCUCUACUCUUGCCCUGAAAGUUCCCCC